AACAUUUCAAAUUUAAUGCAUUUUCUGAAAGUUUUUCAAUCGUAAAAAGUUUGUGACAAGAUGCUCCGAAAUUUACCAAAGUUUUCAUUCAGCAACUUCCAACAGGUUCGUUUCUUGAACCUUCAGGAACAUUUCUCACAAGCCAUCCUCAAUGAGCAUAACAUUACAACUCCAAAAUUUAAAGUAGCAAAAAGUGCAAAGGAAGCAGAACAAGCAGCAAAGGAUUUAUUAACAAAGAAUAUGGUAGUAAAGGCUCAAGUACUGACUGGAGGACGUGGAUUAGGAGCAUUUGAGAAUGGAUUUCAAGGAGGUGUUCAUACUGCUAUAAGUCCAUGUGAAGUCAAGGAAUUAGCUAGCAAAAUGAUUGGCAAUCGUUUAAUAACCAAACAAACCAAGCAGGGGGGAAUCAUCUGCAAUUCAGUGAUGAUAACCGAACGAAAGUUUCCACGACGUGAAUUUUACUUUGCAUUUGCACUUAACCGUGAGCACAAUGGACCAGUUCUGAUUGCAUCAUCAAAAGGUGGAGUUAAUAUUGAAGAUGUAGCUGCAAGAUCACCAGAAGAUGUAAUUUAUGAGCCAAUUGACAUAUCAAAAGGGUUUACUAAAGAAAUUGCAGAAUGGAUAUUAAGAAGAGUUGGAAUAACUGAUCAACCUGGACCUGCUUGUAAAAUGUUAUGCAAUUUAUACAAUUUGUUUGUAAAGAAAGAUGCAUUACUGGCUGAGAUUAAUCCGUAUGUAGAAGAUGUCUGCAUGAAUUAUUAUCCCCUUGAUGUCAAAAUUACAUUCGAUGAUAAUGCAAAAUUUCGUCAGCGUGAAAUAUUUGAAAAAUUCGACGAGACUCAAGGAGAUCCAAAAGAAAUUGCAGCAAGUAAAUUAGACAUGUCAUAUAUAUCACUUGAUGGCUCAAUUGGAUGCUUAGUAAACGGCGCAGGACUUGCAAUGGCAACAGCAGAUAUACUCGAUUAUCAUGGUGGAACUCCAGCAAAUUUUCUUGAUGUUGGCAGUAUGGCAAGUUCUGAACAUGUUCGACAAGCCAUGAAUAUUAUCAUGAUGGAUGAAAAAGUUCGAACAGUUUUUGUAAAUAUUUUUGGUGGUAUGAUGAAUUGUGUUGCUGUAGCCGAAGGUCUUUUGAAGGCAGUUCGUGAAUCUGACAUCAAAAUUCCAAUUGUAUUGCGCAUACUAGGAAAUAAUCAAGAAAUUGCAAGGAAGAUGAUCAAAGAUGCAAAUACAAAUAUUAUGGCAUAUCAAGAAUUUGAUGAAGCUACGGAAAUGGCUGUGAGAUGCUCUAAAAUCAUGGAACUUGCUGAUGCAGGGAAUUUAAAUGCUGAUUUAACGAUGAAAUUAAUUUGUGAUUGUGAACCAGCUCCUGCCGAGGGUGAAGUUAAGUGCUAAAAAGUGAGCAUCAAUAACGAGAAGGAACGAGGGAGGCUGUUUCCCCUAUGCCAAAUAUAUUUUUCGGUCACGAUCCAAUUA